GUUGAGAUUUUCCACAGAAAAUAGGGACCUCAUUAAACCAAAAUUCUACUUCCAAACUUUCUUCCUUGCUUGACUUGGAAUAGUGAAAAAAGACCGGGCGUAGAAAUUAAGCCCUAACUACUUAAAUGCUGUUGCUGAGGAAAAAAUAAUUUUAAUGCUGUUGUUUCAUCUUUUAUCCAUACCAAGGUUUAGAGCAUACAGAAAUUUCAUGUCAGGAAUGAGCAGUUACUUUCUCAAAAUAUUGUUGGCAGUGUUUGUGUGCAUUCUGCAUACCAAACUAUUCGCUCUUGGAUUCAACUCGCUAUCACAGAGUUCACAAGUUAAAUGCAUACAGAGGGAAAAGCAAACACUCCUCAUUUUCAAACAAAGUGUCCGAGAUUACUAUGGCAUGCUGUCCACGUGGAGGGACAAUCAAAAUGACGGAGAUUGUUGUAGAUGGGAAGGUAUUGAAUGCAGCAAUGAAACUGAUCACGUAGAAAUGGUUAAUCUUCGUGGUUCAGAAUCGCAUUAUUUGUCAGGUUCAAUCAAUAUCACUUCAUUGGUUGGCUUGCAAAAAUUGGAAUAUUUGGAUCUCAGCUCUAAUCGUCGUUCCAUUGAAGAUCAAAUUCCACCAUCCAUUGGCUCUUUUCAAAACUUAAGAUAUCUCAAUCUGUCACAAACAAGUUUCUCAGGGACAAUUCCAUGUGAACUGGGAAAUCUCUCAAAAUUAGAGUAUCUUGAUCUUAAAACAACUGAUCUUGACGGAGAAGUUCCUUCUCAACUUGGGAAGCUUUCAAAUCUGAGAUAUCUUGAUCUAAGUGCCAAUGAUGAUAUCUAUGGUGAGAUCCCUUCUCAACUUGGAAAUUUGUCACAUUUGAGGUAUCUCGAUCUUUCAAGAAAUCUUCUUUCUGGAGCAAUUCCUUCUCAACUUGGAAGUCUUUCACAUUUGAGGUAUCUUGAUCUGUCAGGAAAUUCGCUUUCCGGAGUACUCCCGUUUCAGGUCGGAAAUCUUCCUCUCUUGCAUUCUCUUAGACUUGAUGGAAAUUAUGGUCUUAAAAUAAAAGAUGAAAAUUGGCUAUCUUCUCUCUCUUCAUUAACAACUCUCAGUCUCCAUUCCUUUCCUUAUCUUGGCAUCUCUAAUAUAAGUGAGCAUCUUCCAAACUUAAGAGAGUUAAGUCUAGACAAUUGUGCACUUUCAGAUGCUGAUAUUUCACUUUUGUUUCCUUCUCAUUCCAACAUUUCCACUUCACUUUCCAUCCUUUCUCUCUCUAAUAAUAAGUUGACGUCAUUAACAUUUCAAUUGUUGUCCAACUAUAGUCCUAAUCUCCAAGAGUUGUAUCUUUCUGCUAAUAACAUUGUUUUGUCGUCUCCUAACUAUCUAAACUUUCCUUCUCUUUUGAUACUUGAUCUGUCUUCUAAUAAUCUGACUCAGACAUCAAUAUUUCAAGAACAUCUCAACUUCAGCACCAAACUACAACAGCUUACCCUGUUUGAUUGCGGCCUUACUGAUAAAAGCUUUCUUGUGUCAUCUUCUUACACUAAAAAUUCUCUUUCUCUUGUCACCCUUGAUCUCUCGGAUAAUUUAUUGAAAUCAUCCGUUGUAUUUCAUUGGUUUUUCAACUUCACCACCAAUCUUCAAAGCCUUUCCCUUUAUAGUAACUUGAUAGAAGGUCCCAUCCCAGAUGCAUUUGAGAAAGUAAUGAACUCUCUUGAAGUUCUCAUACUGGAAACCAACAAACUGAAAGGCGAGAUUCCAACUUCCCUUGGGAACAUAUGCACAUUAAAGGAAUUAUACCUCAAUAGUAACAGUUUGAGUGGGAAAAUUUCUAGCUUCAUUCAGAAUUCCUCAAGGUGCAACAGCCCUGCACUUGAGAUGCUAGAUUUAUCUAAUAACUCCAUUAUUGGAAAAGUACCUAAUAAUAUUUCAGCGUUUAAAUCUUUGCGAUAUUUGUAUCUUUCCAACAAUCGGUUAACUGGAGAAAUACCAGAAAGCAUUGGGUUGCUUCAUCAGUUGCAGUCUCUUCAUCUUGAAGAGAAUUAUUUGGAGGGCGAUAUCAAUGAAUUGCAUUUCACAAAUUUGUCCCAAUUGGUAGAACUAGACUUAUCAGACAACUCAUUGUCCUUCACGUUCGGUACUACCUGGUUUCCACCUUUCCAAUUAAUUAACAUGGCACUGGCUUCAUGCAAGUUGGGUCCUAGCUUCCCAAGCUGGCUCCAGACUCAAAGUCAGCUAAGCUUCCUUGAUAUUUCGGAUGCGGGGAUUGAUGACUUUGUACCAGAUUGGUUUUGGAACAAGUUACAGUUUAUAAAUGAGAUGAACAUGUCUUACAACAGUCUCAGAGGUUCGAUUCCAAAUUUAACGAUGAAGUUUCUCAGGGAUGGUCCAACUGCAAUAAUUCUAAAUUCAAACAAACUUGAAGGUGUAAUUCCUACUUUUUUGUCACACGCUGGAAACUUGGAUUUGUCAGGAAAUAGGUUUUCAGAUUUAAAUACAUUAUUGUGCAGAAAUAGAGUAACAAAAGGUAUGCAUACUUUGGAUUUAUCAAAUAAUCAAAUAACAGGACAACUGCCUGAGUGUUGGGAACAUCUAAGUUCAUUAGCAUUUCUUGAUCUAAGAAAUAAUAAAUUAUCUGGAAAGAUUCCACAGUCCAUGGGUACUCUUGUUCACUUGGAGGCUCUGGUCCUACGAAACAACAAUUUUAAUGGAGAACUGCCACUCACAUUGAAGAACUGUUCAAACUUAGCUUUAUUAGACGUGAGUAAGAAUUUGUUGUCUGGUCCAGUACCUUCCUGGAUCGGGGAAAAUAUGCAACAAUUGAAAAUUCUGAGCUUGCGAGUAAAUAACUUCUUUGGAAGUGUUCCUGUACAACUCUGCUAUUUGAGUCAAAUUCAAGUCUUUGACCUCUCAAAGAAUAACUUGUCAGGUGAAAUACCAACAUGUUUCACAAAUUUUACCACAUUGAUGGAAAGGAGCGUAAUCCCGAGGGAAAUUGUAAGGAAACGAAAAAUUUCGACCCAAGAAUCUUAUGAAUAUAUUUAUGACUCUUACUUGUUAUUGUCGUGGAAAAAUCAGGAUCGUGAGUUUUGGAAUCCAGAGAAUCUUCUUAAGAGCAUUGACCUCUCGACUAACAGUUUAACAGGUAAAGUACCUAGAGAGAUUGGAUAUUUAGUUGGAUUGAUUUCUUUGAAUUUAUCAAGAAACCACUUUCAUGGUGAAAUUCCUUCUGGGAUUGGGAAUUUAAGUUCGCUGGAAUUUCUAGACUUAUCAAGAAAUAAUUUCACUGGCAGUAUUCCUUCCACUCUUUCCAACAUUGAUCGUCUUGGUGUGUUAGACUUAUCAAACAAUAAUCUGAGUGGAAGAAUCCCUUGGGGAAGACAGUUGCAAACCUUUGAUGGCUUUAGUUUUGAAGGAAAUGUUGAUCUUUGUGGUGAGCAACUGAAUAAAAGUUGUCCAGGAGACAAGACACAAAAACCUAAAGAACCAGCCAUUGGUGGUGAAGAAGACAAUUCAAUUUUCUAUGAAGGAUUUUAUAUGAGCUUGGGAGUAGGAUUCUUUGUAGGCUUCUGGGGCUUGUUAGGGCCAAUGCUAAUUUGGCAACCAUGGAGAAUUGUUUAUAUGAGAUUCUUGAACAGACUCAUAGACUACAUUCUUGUAAUGGUUGAACUGAACAUUAACAAGUACCAUAGGCAGCUCAAAGGAUAAAAGAAUUUGCAGUUUUUGGAAGAUGAUGAAAGCUGCAUGAAUUACUGGAGUAUGUACUGAGAUUCACAAAUUUAUUUCAUUCUAUUGUGUAAUGUAAGCGUAACCUUUCUUAUUUCUUCUUAUAAUGUGAACGUUUUGCAAAUUGACUACCCAGAUUUUUAAGUAUCAGCAUUGAUAGAAACAAAAACAA